AUGGCACAUCCUCGGGCUUGUCUCAAGCUACCUAUAAGGUCUUUCCCCGCCAGCCGCGCCAGGAUUUGCUUGAAAAGAACGCCUCCUACGAUAUAUGCGACUAUACUUAGCCAAAGAUGGCAGAGUACGACCCCCAGCAACGUGCGAACCGAUGACGACACCUCUUUCCCCGACAAACCUUCCGAUUUAUCGCAUUUGAAUCCAGAUCCGGAGGAUUACUCGCGCUUCAUUUUCCAAGACAAGUGCCACGUCACUGUACAUGCCGGUGCGGGUGGUAGUGGAUGCGUUUCGUACCAACGCGAGAAAUACAUUGAAGAAGGACCUCCAAACGGCGGUGAUGGCGGCAGUGGAGGCGGUGUCUACAUCCAAGCGGUCGAGGGCUUGACCAGUCUACACAAACUUGCAAGAAGGGGUAUCAUCAAGGCCGGUCGAGGGAGAAACGGACAGGGUAAAAGCAAAGGUGGAAAGCGCGGCGAUGAUGUGCUCCUUCAAGUUCCGGUCGGCACAGUAGUUCGCGAAGUCGAGCGAUACGACCCCGUUGCAGAGGAGAUUGCUCGGAUGCGAAGACCUAAGACUGAGCCUGUUGAUGAGGAUGAGAUUGAAUUCACACCCGUUCGACAUGACCGCUGGAUGCUUCAUCCCGGUGCCAACCCAUCUGAUUUCUUGACCGUGAAGUUCCCUCGACUCAAGCCACGGAGGCAGGCAAUCGCGGCGAUGGAGCCAAAAGCACCCAUUUAUCUUGAUCUAAGCCAGCCCAUGGACAAACCCAUGCUUCUAGCUGCGGGCGGUGCUGGUGGAUUUGGCAAUCCGCAUUUUGUGACGCGCAACAUGGGGCGACCCAAAUUUGCGUCCCGUGGCGAGGGGGGCAUGAAACUAGAACUUGACUUUGAGCUCAAGCUGCUCGCAGAUGUUGGACUGGUUGGCAAGCCCAAUGCCGGCAAGAGUACGCUUCUGCGCUCCUUGACCAACAGUCGCACCCGCAUUGGAAACUGGGAGUUUACUACCUUAUCCCCGCAUAUUGGCACGGUGAUUGUCGAUGAUAACAAAGGCCGACCACUAGUCGAGUCGCAGAGAAAGACUCGCCGAGCCCAUUUUACCAUUGCCGAUAUUCCUGGUUUGGUGGAAGACGCUCAUCUUGACCGUGGUCUUGGGCUUGGGUUCCUGCGACACAUUGAUCGGGCGGGCAUCUUGGCUUUUGUGCUGGAUCUCAGCAACGGAGAUCCCGUCCAAGAGCUACAGAAGCUGUGGCAUGAGCUUGCAGAGUAUGAGCAAUUGCGCAGUGCCGAACCUGAGCCUACCAUCAAGGAGAAGCCAGGUGUGAUUGAUUGGGACCCCUCUGGGUCCGGGUUGCCAGAGCUUCAUCGGCCACGCAACCGAGAAAUUGAGAUCGAAUCUCCGGAUGAUGAGGGUUCUGGUCAGGCUCUCAACUAUAGAUCCUCCGGUUCCCUGCCUCCUCUUCCUAUGCCGCCUCUUCACACCAAGCCUUGGUUCGUGGUUGCCACUAAGGCCGACCUCGAGAAUACUCAAGAACAGUACUAUGCCUUGCAGAAGUACCUGUCUGCGGUGGAGAAGGGGACUGUUGAGCAUCCAUCUGGACAUGCAGACGGAUGGAAGGAGAAGGUAACGGCUGUUCCAGUCAGUGCUAUCAAAGGCGAAGGAGUCGCUCGCAUCCCCAAAUUAGUGAUGCAAUAUUUGGAGUGA